AUGGCUGAAAAUAUCAUGAUUGAUAAGGUGAUUGGUGAAAGUGGAGCUUCUAAUUCAAAUGCCACAUCACAAUCUCAAUCAGUUCAAUCGAAAGCAAAAAAACAAAGAAAAAAGAGGUCUGUUGCAUGGGAAUAUUUCGACCAAAUUAUUGAUCCGGAAGGAAAUCAAAAGGGUGUUUGUAAACAUUGCAAAAGAGAAUAUUUUGCCGAUUCAAAAGAUAAUGGUACGAAAUCACUCCUUACACAUAUGGCCAAGUGUUUAAAAAUGCCUUUAGAUGUUGCAAAAAGUCAAUCAAAACUAGGCUUUAACCCUAUUCCGGGGGGUAAUAAGGGUGAUGUAGUCGUUGUUCCUUGGAAAUUUGAUCAAGAACAAUGUAGGAAGGCUUUGUGUCGUAUGGUGAUCGUUGAUGAACUUCCUUUCAGCUUUGUUGGAAAGGAAGCUUUCUGUGCAGUUUUCUGUUAUACAGUGUAUAAUAUACACAGUAAUAUUUGUACAGCUUUGUGUGUNGGCAAAAAAUGUACAGCUUUGUGUGCUGAAAUUAUUCAGUGA